GCCGUGGCCACUUCAGCCCGCGUCCAGCCCCACUGCAGAGUCGCCUCCGGCCGGGACCCCGGAUCCUCGCCCGCGGCAGCAAGGAGGGCAGGUCCCUGCAAUAACUACUCGCUCGGCGCGGCCCGCCACCUUCGGGAGCCCCGGGUUCGCACCCUGCCGACUCCCCUGCCUGCACCUGCCACCCCGGUGCCCUAAGCCAGCCUCGGACGAGCCAUGGCCAACGCGGGGCUGCAACUACUGGGCUUCAUCCUGGCCUUCCUGGGAUGGAUCGGCUGCAUCGUCAGCACUGCCCUGCCCCAGUGGAAGAUUUACUCUUAUGCAGGGGACAACAUCGUGACAGCCCAGGCCAUCUACGAGGGGUUAUGGAUGUCCUGCGUGUCACAGAGCACCGGGCAGAUCCAGUGCAAGGUCUUCGACUCCUUGCUGAAUCUGAACAGCACUUUGCAGGCAACCCGUGCCUUGAUGGUGAUCGGUAUCCUGCUGGGACUGAUUGCGAUCUUUGUGUCCACCAUUGGCAUGAAGUGCAUGAAGUGCUUGGAAGAUGACGAGGUGCAGAAGAUGCGGAUGGCUGUCAUUGGGGGAGUCAUCUUCCUUAUUUCGGGUCUGGCAAUUUUAGUUGCCACUGCUUGGUAUGGCAAUAGAAUUGUUCAAGAAUUCUAUGACCCCAUGACCCCUGUGAAUGCCAGGUACGAAUUUGGCCAGGCGCUUUUCACCGGCUGGGCUGCUGCCUCCCUCUGCCUUCUGGGAGGUGCCCUACUUUGCUGCUCCUGUCCCCGGAAAACAACCUCUUACCCAACACCACGGCCUUAUCCCAAGCCUACACCUUCUAGUGGGAAAGACUACGUGUGACAGAGGCAGAAAGAACAAUCCUGUUGAAACUAAUACAAAGUGGACAGACAAUGAGACUAUUAUUGUCAUUAAGGACUUAGACUUUUGACUCUGGUUACCUGAACUGCGGUAUUAUAUAGGAAAGCAUAUUUUUAUAAAACUCGUUGCUAGGAGAGGCUUAAUUGUACUCUAUCUUCUUCUCUCAGUACAGAAGGGAAGGCCUGUUCAUUUGAACCACUGCUUCCCAUGGAGUUAUCACACUCACAUGGGGAAAGGGUGCUCCUUAAGUGUACAUAGAUAUGUAUAUACAUGUUUUCUAUAAAAAAAAUUGCUAGGCAAUAUAAAGAAACUCUUCUUAUUCUUACAUUGCUACCAGCAUACUUAAACUAUCACUAAAAUAUGAAAAUAUAUAUUCUUCCAUACUGACUACAUAAGGUAACCAAUGUGUUAUGUUUUAUGUCUACCCAUACAUAUGACAGGUCAGAUAUCAACACCACCCACCAGCUUUUAAUAUCUUUACCAUAAGCCUAAAAGUUCCUUACUAAGUGUGAAUUCUCUCCUUUUGCCACUUGUGCUCUUUUCAACCACAUAUUUAAUUUUGCAUUACCAUAGUAGCAAUUGCUCUCUUUAUCAAGCCCCUAUUUGUUGCAGGCUGCUAUGUUUUCUAUCUCCUGAAUCAAAUAAUGUAUUUUCGAACACACAUUUUAAGCCUAAAACCAAUGAGAAUUGCUUAAUGCUUGCUUAUAUAGGCUGUGGGAACAAAUCUUUCUUCAUGACUACAUAACAUUUUCCUGUUGACCUUCCCACAUGGUCCUUGCACUGUGCCCUGUAGCCUCUGUGUUUGCUUGGAAAAUAUUUGUUUCACUGUGGGACUGUGCUGCUGACCCAGUGUUGUAAUCAUUUUAUUGAUUAUAUAUUUUUAAGGUACUUAUUCACAGCUCCAUAUCCUGCACACUAGGAUUUUCUUUCUCCUGCCUCAGCUAUAUAUAAUUAUCCUAUAGUUUACCUCUUUUUCAGAGAGGUGUGGUCUAUUUAUCUACGCAAAGUGCUAGACUUGCUGGAGUGAUAAUCUGGUGACAAAUAUUCUCUCUAUAGCUGUGAGCAAUUCACAGCCUUUCUACCUCUUUUCCCAUCUGUCAAAUUGAGAUAAUUACUCUUAACCAGCUGGUGGAGGUAAUGUGAGUAUUAAUUAGGUGAUAUGACUCUCAUUCUUUGAACAUGAAAUAUGCUUAAGCAGUGUUUUUCUUGCUCAAUUAGCAGUUUUAAAGUCCCUGAAUGAAACCUAUACACACACCUUCCCCUUGUUAACUGCCUCCUUUAACGUGCAGGCCCAUUCCCUUCCCUUCAGCUGGGCCUAGCUUGAUGGUGGUGCUGUUACAUCUAACAAAUGUUCUUAUUUUAUAGUGUGUAGCAAAGGAUUGUUCACUAGAGGGUAAUAAUGUCAGAGAAAGGUUGUUGGCCUUGUUGUUUGGAGACUGGAUUGGAAUCUUGGUGCUAUCAAUUAUUGUCUGAAUUCAGGCAAGGCACUUGGCCACCCUAGAUUUAUUGCUUCAUCUGCAAAAAAAAAAAAAAAAAAAAAAAAAAAAGGUGGGGGUGGGUAUGGGGGUGGUAAUUCCUGCCCUGUCUACAUUACAGGUUGUUAUAAGGAUACAUGCAAAUGUGGAUUGCUAAGGCCCAGCCUUUAUAGGAGAAAGAGUUAAAGAAUUUAAGUAUAUAUUUCUGGGGUUACUUUUCAAAUAACUGGAAAGAUAGGCUUUUUGCCUUACUAAACCUCUCAAAUGAGAUACUAAGGUAGAAUUCAGCUUACCAAGGUAAAAGAACUUUUAAGAAAGUCCUUCAAGUUUUUCUUUUUCAUUAUUGUUGUUUUGUUUUGUUUUGCUUUUUGUGGUUGGACUAUUUGUUGAAACAGGGUCUCAGUCUGUACCCCAAGCUGGCAAGGAAUGCCUAUGCUGCCCAGUGAGCUUCCUACUCUGGUCUCGACUGUUGAAACUACAGACAUGAAACACCAUUCCCUGUCUAAGUCCUAGUUUCUUUAACGAUAUUGGUUGAUACUUCUGUGGCUAAGUAGAUGUAAUGAAGGAAACAAAUCCAAAGGGCUGAAAAGCUGAUGGUGGCUUGAAAAGGGACAUGAGGUGCUCUUUUUAGUGACACCUUUGGUGUUCUUGCUAUUUGAUGGUAGCUAAUACUGCUAGGGGAGGAUGAGAAUUGUACUUCAUGGAAAAACCACAUGGAGAAAGUUAUGCACAAGACUGGGCCUUGUGAGGAUUUGAACUAAGCAAUUUUUAGUGUGUUUAUACUUCUAAAAGUCAUUGACAGAGCUUUUGGCCCAUCCAUGGAUCCUAAUGGUAUGUGAGUAUAAAUGCAUGUGGAUAACCGUGGCUAAAAUAUAAAAACAUUCUAUAUCCCAAAAUGACCUCACAUAAUUUUUAUGCCAAAACUUAUCUAGCUUUGAUAUUUUUAUACCCUGUUAUCAUACCUAGAAAUAGACCAGUUGAUAUUGGGAUGGGGAGGGGAGAAGGGUUGUAAUGGGAAUUUGUAAAAAC